AAGUCUGGAACUUUCCACGCUGUUUAUAAGGAAAAGAGUCGGAGCGCUGCACGCAGAGUUCAGACAGAGGAGGGACGAGAGCUACUGUUGUUAAUAGCUUUUCAAGUUUAUACUACACAGGCCGUUAGACGGUCAAGAUGGGCAAGGACUACUACGAAAUAUUGGGAAUUAAGAAAGGGGCGUCGGAUGACGACAUAAAGAAGGCUUAUCGGAAGCAGGCUUUAAGAUACCAUCCCGAUAAAAACAAGUCACCGGGAGCCGAGGAGAAAUUCAAAGAGAUUGCCGAAGCGUACGACGUGUUGAGCGACCCAAAGAAAAAAGACAUAUAUGAUCGUUUCGGUGAAGAAGGUCUAAAAGGUGGAGGCCCCUCUGUUGGUGGUGGUGGUGGUGGACCAGGCACUUACAGCUACACUUUCCAGGGCGACCCUCAUGCCAUCUUUGCAGAGUUUUUUGGUGGACGAAACCCUUUUGAACAGUUCUUUGGUGGUGCCCGCAAUGGCGGUAUGGAUGAGAACAUGGACACUGACGACCCAUUUUCCCGCUUUGGGAUGGGAGGCGGUGGAAUGGGAGGUUUCCCGCGCUCCUUCAGCACUGGCAUGGGAGGAAUGGGCGGUCAGACUAGCGUAGUAAAAAAGCAGCAGGACCCACCUGUGGUUCACGAUCUCCGGGUGUCACUAGAGGAAGUGUUGUCAGGUUGCACAAAAAAAAUGAAGAUCUCCCGCAAAAGGCUGAACCCUGAUGGCCGAACAACACGGACAGAAGAGAAAAUCCUGGAGGUGCAAAUCAGGAAGGGGUGGAAAGAGGGCACCAAAAUCACAUUUCCUAAAGAGGGGGAUGAAACUCCAAGAAACAUUCCAGCUGACGUGGUGUUUGUGUUGAAGGACAAGACACAUUCUGUGUUCAAACGGGAUGGUUCUGAUAUUAUUUACCCUGCCAAGGUCUCCCUCAGAGAUGCCUUGUGUGGCUGCACAGUCAACGUACCCACGCUGGACGGCAGAACAGUACCUGUGGCAGUAACAGAUGUUGUGCACCCAGGAAUGAAGCGACGAGUUAGCGCGGAAGGGCUGCCUUAUCCCAAACGACCUGAUCGUAGAGGUGACCUAAUAGUAGAGUAUGAGGUGAAAUUCCCAGAACGACUCAGUCAGAACGCUCGGGACACCAUCGCUGGCGUUCUUCCACGUUCCUAAAAAAGAGACCUGAUGGACUUGCACUAUGCUGCCAACUAUUUCUUUUGGAUAAUUAUGUGGAUGUUUAUAUGCACUCACUGCAGACUAGCCUCCUGAGUCCUAGCAUCCUUGUUUUAUUUUUUGAUUCCUCCUAACCCCAAAAAGCUAGAAGAAAUCUCUUAAUGCAAGUCAAACUAAAGCUCAGGUCUCAGGAGGAUAGAGUAAGGACUCAGGGGUCAGACGGUCAUUUAUGUACACGGCUCUCCACGUAAAUCUCACCUUCAGGAAAAUCACAGUGUGGAUGAGUGCAACAUUUCACAUUUAGACUGUAAAUAUGUGACCAGUAAUGAGUGGUGUUUGGUUUUAUGAGUAAGGUUAUAUUUUGAACAAUAGUACAAUAAGCAUAGAAAAUACACAUGCACUAUUUCAUAUUCCGAGAUGUUUUGUUCUAUAAUAAAAGUUUUUAUUGA